UCCACUAAUCCAAUUGAGUUACUUUUCUCUCUCUAGUAGUGAUCAGAGGGGUUGAUAAUGGCGAAAGACGUGGAGGCCGUGGGCGAGGGGGGAGAAUUCACGGCGAAGGACUACGCGGACCCGCCGCCGGCUGCACUGAUAGAUGCAGAGGAGCUGACCAAAUGGUCGCUGUACCGGGCGGUGAUCGCGGAGUUCAUCGCCACGCUGCUCUUCCUCUACGUCACCGUCGCGACCGUCAUCGGGUACAAGCACCAGUCCGACCCCAACGUCAACCCCACCGACGCCGCCUGCAGCGGCGUCGGCAUCCUCGGCAUUGCCUGGGCCUUCGGCGGCAUGAUCUUCAUCCUCGUCUACUGCACCGCCGGCAUCUCCGGUGGUCACAUAAAUCCGGCGGUGACGUUUGGGCUGUUUCUGGCGCGGAAGGUGUCGUUGGUGCGCGCGUUGCUGUACAUGAUCGCGCAGUGCCUGGGGGCCAUCUGCGGCGUCGGGCUGGUGAAGGGCUUUCAAUCGGCGUACUACGACCGCUACGGCGGCGGAGCCAACGAGCUCAGCUCCGGCUACUCCCGGGGGACCGGCCUCGCCGCCGAGAUCAUCGGCACGUUCGUUCUCGUCUACACCGUCUUCUCCGCCACCGACCCCAAGCGCAGCGCCCGCGACUCCCACGUCCCGGUUUUGGCUCCCCUUCCAAUUGGCUUUGCAGUGUUCAUGGUCCACUUAGCCACAAUUCCGAUCACCGGGACCGGAAUCAACCCCGCGAGGAGCUUCGGCGCCGCCGUGAUCUACAACAAUGACAAGGCGUGGGACGAUCAGUGGAUCUUUUGGGUGGGGCCUUUUAUUGGCGCUGCGAUCGCCGCUGCGUACCAUCAAUAUGUGCUCAGAGCGAGCGGCGCGAAGGCCAUGGGAUCGUUCCGGAGCAACGCCUAAUCGACGGCGAUCUCCGACUUCUUCUUCUUCUUCUUACUCCUAUUGUGUGUGGUGGAGCAUUGCAUGAGUGCAACUGUAGAUACAUGAAAGAAGGCCCCUGCAUGAUGUGGUCUUUUGUGUACCUGCUAUUUGUUUUCAGUGUCUUCAUCAGUUUAGGGUUCUGUUACCUAAGUUGUAUUUGGAAGUUGUCAUCUUUGUUUGUGAUGAUGCUGUCCCCUUCUGUUUCUCUUUUAGUCCUGCUUCAUGAUCAUGUAUUCUAAGAUCAAGAAUUUAAGUUGUUACUUCAUCUUAUUAAGCAUU